AGACUAUCAUCAUUCCCUACUACAGCAGAGGAGCGUUGAGAAGGUGAUGAAAUAUAGAUGUGGGAUAGAGAAGGACCAAUAGUUCCCCGCUGGGACCAGAUCUGUCUCUGUGUGUGUGCGUGAGUUUGUGCGUGUGUUUGUGCGUGCGUGCAUACAUAAACGCGCACACACACAAACGUGACUGACAGUGGUCAGUGUUUAUGAUGAUGAUUUUUGGUCGCUAUGCAUGCUUAAGCAUAAUGACAUCGUUCCCUCUUCUUUCACUCUCUCUCUCCACCGUCGGGCAAGCUGAGAAGCGCAGCUGCUGUGUGUGUGAGUGAGGGAGGACGGGUGAGGGAUCGGGAGACAGAAAAGGAGGAAGGAUUUUUAUCACCGACACCCUCUACCCCUGUGGUCGACAACAGUGCUCUACCGGCGGUUGGAGGAGCCAGAUAGACCCGUUGGGAGACUGGUAACCUUGGAGGCACGCCAAACCACCCAUGAGGAGGGAAGCGGGUGGAAGGAUGCCUCUUUCCCUGAUCUGACAGAAGACAUUUGUUCGGUGAAUGAGCGGAGGGCACCGAAUUGACGCAAUACAGUAGGUGAGUAACCAUGGAAUCCACUCAUCUUCUGGACGGCUCCAAGAAACGGGUGAAGAUCCACCCUCACACCGUCACCGCCAAGUACGCCCCACACACACCCCACACACACACACACUUCCCCCAGCCCGGAGACGAGGGGUACGAUGACGCGCCCUCCUUCGAGGACUUCGGCUCCUUCCUGGAGGAGACCUCGGACAAGAAACAGCUGACAGGAACCAGGAAGUGGACAGGAAAGGCCGGCGCUCUGUUUGGAGGGAAGGACAAAAACAAAGACACACCCCCUAGACCUCCAAUGGGAGGAGGCGAGGGGGGAGUGGAGGGAGGAGGGAAUGGUGCAGGAGGGGGAGUAGGGGAGCAGCUAGCGAGUUUCGGCGAGGCGUCUGUCUCUGCGUCUCGGCUCACGUGGGCCAGUGUGGUCUUGGCGGGGCUGGCUCAUGGCUGUGUGUGUGUUCUGACACGCCUGGCCGCCUCACACUUUAAUCUCCCACCCUUAACUCUCCUCUUGGUACGAUCCAUCCUCCAGCUGCUCUAUGGGACUGUACCAAUGAAACGGGCGGAGACGGCCUUUGGCUCAAAGGGCUAUCGGCGGAAGCUGCUCCUGUACGGUCUGACUCACUCCUUCUCCCUCUGCUGCGCUUACUCGUCCUUAUCCUUCGUCUCCCCCGGCGAUGACGGGGUCAUGUUGACAACCUGGCGCCUGGCGACCACCGUCCUGUCGGCCACUCUGGCGUUGUUGCUCCUGGACGAGCGGCUGGGAUUGGUAGACCUGGUCACCGUAGCGACAGGCGUGUUAGGACUGGGUCUGGCGCUAGUUCCUAACCCAACAGGGCUGGAUGAGAACAACAACGGGACCGAGUCAGGAAUGCCCAAUGGGGCGACACCGGCACAACAGUCGGCCCAGUUCUGGCGGGAAGCGUUUGGUUGGUCCCUGACUGUUCUCGCAGGGCUAUGGAUGUCUCUGGCUCUAGUCAUGUACCGCUCUCUGAAGGAACGGGUCAGUGUCGGCACCGCUCUGUUCACUGUCAGCUGGACCGGCUGUCUGAGCACCGCAGUCUCCAUGCUUCUCCUCCGACAGGGGCCAGUGUGGCCGGCCAGUCUCCAGGCUUGGUGCAUCGUCCUGGGGGUAGCUGUGUGCUCUGCUGGGGGGUUUGUGGGGGUGACCCAUGGCCUCACCCGACUUCACCCAGCUUUGGUGUCGGCUACACAGGGUCUGGAAGUACCGGUCGCUAUGGUGCUGGAGAUCGCUGUUGUGCCAUUGGUUCCCUCAGUGUGUGAGGUCAUAGGGGGUGUGGUGGUGGUGGCAAGCGUGGGUUGGCUUGUUACAGUGAAGCUCCUCCCCUCUCGAGGAAGUGGGAGGAAACAGAGAGAAGAGUACGAAGAGAUCCUGGACUCGCCAAUUAAAUAGCACACACGCACACACACACACAAAAGCACAUGCAAGGAGACAUGUACGCACAAAGAUUCUGGACUGCCAAUCAAAUAGACCACUCCCCUUCUAUCUAUGUUUCUGUCUUUCUCUCUUUUCCCAGGGGGUUUGUGCUCUCUCUCUCUCUCUCUGUCUCUCUCUGUCUCUCUCUCUCUCUCUCUCUCUCCUCUCUCUUUCUCUCUCUCUCUCUCUCUCUCUCUGAGGUCAGUGUGUAUAUAAGAGGACUCUAUGGUGAAUGUUAAUGCUUGAGCUAAAAUAGCUGUCUUUAACCACUGAUCUAGAAUCAGAUACACCAACUCCAAUCCUUAACUUAACCAUUAGGAGGUGUCAAAAUACAGUGCCUUGCGAAAGUAUUCGGCCCCCUUGAACUUUGCGACCUUUAAACUUCUUCACAACAGUAUCUCGGACCUGCCUUGUUCUUCAUGAUGCUCUCUGCGCUUUUAACGGACCUCUGAGACUAUCACAGUGCAGGUGCAUUUCUACGGAGACUUGAUUACACACAGGUGGAUUGUAUUUAUCAUCAUUAGUCAUUUAGGUCAACAUUGGAUCAUUCAGAGAUCCUCACUGAACUUCUGGAGAGAGUUUGCUGCACUGAAAGUAAAGGGCUGAAUAAUUUUGCACGCCCAAUUUUUCAGUUUUUGAUUUGUUAAAAAAGUUUGAAAUAUCCAAUAAAUGUCGUUCCACUUCAUGAUUGUGUCCCACUUGUUGUUGAUUCUUCACAAAAAAAAUACAGUUUUAUAUCUUUAUGUUUUAUAUCUUUAUGUUUGAAGCCUGAAAUGUGGCAAAAGUUCGCAAAGUUCAAGGGGUCCAAAUACUUUCGCAAGGCACUGUAUCUGACCCUGUAUCAGUGGUUUGGGAAAACAUCUACCUACCCCAAUGUGAAUAGUAAAUGUAUCUAUUUUGUAUUGUAGUUGUUGUAAUUGUUGUGAAGUGCCAAUACUGUGUUGUCUUACUGGCUAUUGUGAUGUCAUAUUAAAACCUCACUGUGUUACUGUGA